AUGUCGGGGAGAACCCUGAGCAACCUUACCGAAACCUGUAACCGAAUAGGAGGAGGAGAUCUUCCAGAGACCUACGUCAUCUGGAAGCAAGGACAUUUGUACCUCGCGGGUAACGAAGCGGCCUAUGCCGCGGAUGGCAUUGUGGACCACGUUGACUUGAUUCGCUCGGAAACGAAGUUGUUGUUGUUGUUGUCACCUCAAUACGCGGCUCGUACCCGCGAGGGGAACGUGUCACUGCUUGGGAACAAGAAGAAGAAGCAGAAGAAGAAGGACGCCGCCAUGCCGGACAAGUCCGCCAAGAAACGUCCAUCUCGCUCUCGGAGGUCACCGUCCUCUUCGCAAGCUGCACGUCGCGGUUCGCCUUCAAAGCGACGCGGCGACUCGCCCGUGAAGCAGGCGAGGUCGUCUCCUUCGAAGAGUCGCAGCUCGCCCAAGAAAAGCCGGUCCUCUUCCCCGUCCCCUGCCAAGGCCGGCGUCGCGAGCCCCUCGAGACCCCGACGUGCUGCCGGUUCGUCGUCCCCCAGACCGUCCCGGUCUCCGCGAGCCGCCGUCAGCAGCAGCAGCAGGCCGUCUCCAAAAGGGGAACUCAGGCUCUUCCGGGCGAAGCUCGAUGCGGCAGCUCAGCGCCACCACGAGCGCCGCAACACGCUCUACCAGUGGCUCAAAAGCCUGACUCAACGGAAAACGACCCCUCCAGAUUUGGGUUCCCCACGACGGAGGCACCGCGGCGCUUCCAGGUCAAGUCCAGGUCUCCGGUCUCCGCCCAGCUCUGGCAGCUUACCUCGCGGCCACAAAAGGAGCCCCACCCAGAGCACACACGAGCCGUCGCCGUCCCGGGCCAACUAUGGAGGAGAUGCGCGCCGCCGUGGCGUGUGGGCCCCGCUGCUGGUCCUCGCGGUGAUCACGGCCGGCGCGGUCGCACUGGCCGUGAUGACGGCGCGCUACCUGCGUGGGCCCGCGGCCUCGACCCUGGCCCGCUGCCACGGCGAGACGUGCCGCCGCUACGAAGAGCUGCUGGCCAACGCCAUGGACCCCGAGGCUCAGCCGUGCGACAACUUUUACGCGCACGUGUGCGGAACCUGGAUCAAGGCCGGCAGGAGGGCCGUCUACGAGGUCAACUGGGACCGGUUCCUGGUGGAGAUCGCGAAGCGCACGGCCGACUUCACCCCGCGCACCGGCUCGGACCAGGAGCCGGUUGACAAGGCGGUCGCCUACAUCCGGGCCUGCCUGUCUCCGCUCGAACGAGACAACAUGCCCGAGGUGCGCGCCGUCCUGGCCGCUGCGGGAGUCACGUGGCCCCAGCCUGACCCGGAACCGGACUUCCUGUCCGUGAUGUUCCUCAUGUCGCGGCACGUCUACCACCCGGUGUUCAUCGCCGUGGACGUGGACACCAUGGAAGGGCCGAGGACCCUGAUGCUCUCGUUCGGAGGACAGUUCCCGUCGACGUACGAACAGAUCUCUCAGCACGUGACCACCAUCCACGCCAAGCAGCACUUCCGCGUCACCUACGAGAGCCUGGCGCCCAUGAACGAGACUCGCCUGGACGAGCUGUUCGACCAGUUCAUCGUCAUGAAGCGUUUCCUGGACAACCACACGCCCAUGACGGACGACGGCCACAGCAGUGCGGACCCGGCGUCCUUCCUGCAGUGGACGCCAUCCGUUCCCGAGUCUCGCUGGGACGAGCAGACGCGGCGCUUCCUCGACAGUCCUCUGCGCCGCCUGGGCGGUUGCUUCAUCGACCACGUCGGCGCCUUCAAAGCGCUGUUCGAACUACACGCGGCCUUCGGCGAGAACAAGAUGGCCAACUUUGUCGGUUUCUUCGCCGUUCAGGCCCUGGUGGGCUUCGGCAACAUCCGCCUGCUGGAGAGCUUCUACGGUGCCUCGGACGUGGCUACCGAAGAGCAGCGCAAGUAUUGCGUCAUGACGGCCUACCAGAUGUUCGCGUACGCCAUCGACAGCUUCCUGGAGACGGGCACCAAAGGCGCUCUGACGGACGUGAACACGCUCGUCGGUUGGGUAGAGGCGGCCUUCGGGCGCCUCCUCAGAGCCACGGACGAUUCGUCCUCGCUCGGGGGAGACCCGACGCCCGAGCCGCUGCACUUGAAUCUCAACCAAGCGUUCAGCAUCCUUAAUUACUCCAGGCGCGAGGUCACGCAUAGCAUCUAUGCCGGGUACCCUGAAAUGGUCAUGGAUGCUCCAUUGAGCAACAGCAUCAACGCGUCGGCCUACAUGCAAGCCACGCAGCAAACGGCCUCCGCGUCCGGGCAGACGGGACAGACCCCCUACCAAGGCUACCAAGCGUUCGACGCGACCAUCUUCAACAGCUUCCGCCUCAACCCGCAGCUCCUGGUGUUCCCGUGGUACGAAGCGGACGCCCACGUUGGAGUCCUGCUGGGCGGUCUGGGUGCGAGGCUGGCGGCGGCCGUCUUCUACGACUACGUCGAGCGAAACAACGGCAGCGGCAGCGCCCUCUACGCUGAGAACCAGCGCUGCCUGUCGCCCAAGAACGAGACCAGCGGUAGCAAGAGCAACGUCGACACCGACCUCCAGGGGGCAGUGGCGGCCGCCGCGGUCGUCGCAGACGUCUACAAGGAGGUCGCCGGAAGCGGCGACCGAGCUUGGACUGAACGCGAGUCCCCGCCGCCGUGGACGGGCGAGAGCGUGGCGUUUGCGUUUUUCUGCUGGCUCAACUGCGGCGACGCCGAGCGCGGCCCGUCCAUGUGUAACACGGCUGCCAUGCACAGCCGGGACUUCGGGCGCGUCUUCGGGUGUCCCGCGGGAUCGCGCAUGAACCCCGUCAAGAAGUGUCGCCUGAAGGUUUAGCCCGAGUUUCGAGACUGUGCAACUGGGCUCACUUCGUUGGAACGAUGCGUCGCCGGAGCUUGCGGUCGGCUUUCGCAAGCAGACGCGCCUGUUACACGUUCGUUGAUUCCAAUACAUACUCCCCUAUAAUUGUAGGCGAUGAGUAACAAGCAAACUUGACUCUAUGGGGGCCGUGUUACUCGCUAUAGACCCUCUCGGUGCUGUCGUCAAUUUUUUGUGUGCAUUCAUGCGCACGUGCGAGCGUCGAUGUUGCGAGAGUGUCCCUUUUUUUUUCUAUGAUAUUCUCUUUUAACGCAGCCGUACUGUGAAGCUGUGCUUUGAUGAUGUCACGCAUAAACUAUGUAAUGCGUACUGUGAAAUGUGCAAUUUUUGUCGCCCCUCCUGACGUUGGUUGCGUGCUUCUUCUCAAUGAGAGCUGCCAUCGCCAAGAGCUGCGUGACUAAGCUUGAUGACGCAAGUGUUAAAGUAUGCAUUUGCAGCUUCUGCAGGGAAAGUAACGACAAUACAGUUUUAUAUAGACGCCACAAACUCCGUGAACGUGGCGUUUUUGCAGACGAGUUUCUAGACAAGGCGGACAAUUUCUUUCGGUAA